CACUUUUCUGAAAUAUAUUCUUGGAGACACAAGAAGCAUACUCUUAAUUGUUUUAUCCACAUGAGGACAACGAGGUUUGCUUGCUUGCUAUUGCUUACCAUGCUCUUAAAGUUUAGCCAUGGAUCUAUAACGCCAACAAAUCCUUUGUCAAUAGGCCAAACUCUCAGCUCCUCUAACGAUGUUUAUGAAUUGGGGUUCUUUAGUCCUCAUAACACCCAAGAUCAAUAUGUUGGAAUCUGGUUGAAGGGUACUACUCCCCAGGUGGUUGUGUGGGUGGCAAAUAGAGAAGAUCCUGUUACAGACCCCUUGGCUAAUCUAACUAUUAGCAGCAAUGGAAGUCUUCUGUUAUCAAAUGGUAAAGAUGGCGUUGUGUGGUCCACCGAAGGAACUUUUGCAUCUAACCGGUCUCAUGCAGAACUUUCGAACGAAGGAAAUUUUAUUAUCACAGAAAAUGUUACAGGAAGAAUUCUAUGGGAAAGCUUUGAGCAUCUUGGUAAUACUAUGCUCCCUUUCUCAACCCUCGCGUAUAAUCUCACCACCGGAGAGAAGCAGGUGUUGACUUCGUGGAAAAGUGACACCGAUCCAUCGCCUGGUGACUUCAUGGUCGAGAUUACACCGCAAGUGCCAUCGCAGCUGUUUACUAAGAGAGGUUCUGCGUCUUAUUGGAGAAGCGGUCCAUGGGCUAAAACAAGGUUCAUUGGUAUACCGCUAAUGGAUGCGUCAUUAACAAGUCCAUUUAGCCUUGAGCAGGAUGCAAACGGGUCAGUAUCUUUCACUUAUGUAGACAGAAACAUCAAACCUCCACGUGUAAUGAUAACAUCGGAGGGCCCAGUGAAGAUUUUUCAGCAUAAUGGGAUCGAGUGGGAGUUAGACUUUGAGGUUCCAGCGAAUCCAUGUGAUCAUUAUGGUGUAUGUGGACCUUUUGGACUGUGUGUUAUGUCAUCAUCUCUAACGUGUAAAUGCUUCAAAGGGUUUGUACCAAAAUCCAUUGAGGAGUGGGAAAGAGGAAUCUGGACAGAUGGUUGUGUGAGACGUACCGAACUACUUUGUCAAGGCAAUGUUACCAAUGAAAACAUCUUCCAUCCUAUUGCCAACACAAAGCCUCCAGAUAAUUACGAAUUUACAAGUGCUUCUCAUGCUAAAGACUGCCACCGAAGUUGCCUGGAGAAUUGUUCUUGCUUGGCCUUUUCUUUUAUUAAUGGAAUAGGGUGUUUAGUGUGGAACCAGGAGCUAAUGGACGUAGUGCAGUUUUCUGAAGGUGGAGAGCUUCUGUCCAUUCGUCUUGCAAGCUCUGAAGUAGGUGGAAAUAAUAGCAAGAAGACCAUCGUUGCUAUUGUUGUGAGCCUCUCUCUUUUCGUAAUAUUGGGUUCUGCUUCGUUUGGUUUCUGGAGAUGCAGAGUUAAACAUAAUGCUCUAAUCUCAGCUAUUAUAUCAAAGGAAGCCUCACAAGAUGCAUGGAGGAAUGGUCUAGAACGACAGGAUGUCUCAGGUUUAAAUUUCUUUGAGAUGAAUACCAUUAAAACUGCCACCAAUAAUUUCAGUCUGUCUAAUAAACUUGGACAAGGUGGCUUUGGUUCAGUUUACAAUGGAAUGCUGCAAGAUGAGAAAAAAAUAGCUGUAAAACGUCUUUCUAGCACCUCAGGACAGGGCAAAGAAGAGUUUAUGAAUGAAAUAGUACUCAUCUCAAAAUUACAACACAAAAACUUAGUUCGGAUAUUGGGAUGUUGCAUUGAAGGAGAAGAGAGGCUAUUGAUUUAUGAGUUCAUGUUGAACAAAAGCCUUGAUACUUUUCUCUUCGAUUCAAGAAGAAAGCUUGAGAUUGACUGGCCUAAAAGAUUAAGUAUCAUCCAAGCUAUUGCGCGUGGACUUCUCUAUCUCCACCGUGACUCACACCUCAAGGUUAUUCACCGGGAUUUAAAGGUAAGCAAUAUUCUUUUGGAUGAGAAGAUGAACCCAAAAAUAUCAGAUUUUGGAUUGGCUCGGAUGUAUCAAGGAACCGAAUAUCAGGAUAAUACUCGCAGGGUUGUAGGAACUCUAGGAUAUAUGUCUCCCGAGUAUGCAUGGAGUGGUAUGUUUUCUGAGAAAUCAGACAUCUAUAGCUUUGGAGUGCUGCUGUUGGAAAUCAUCAGUGGAGAAAAGAUUUCAAGAUUCAGCUAUGGCGUAGAAGGAAAAACUCUUAUAGCUUAUGCGUGGGAAUCUUGGUGUAAAAAUGGAGGAAUUGAUCUUUUGGAUAAAGAUAUUUCUGACUCAUGUCAGCCAUCAGAAGUUAAGAGAUGUGUUCAGAUUGGUUUGCUCUGUGUUCAACACCAACCUGCCGAUAGACCCAACACACUUGAGUUACUGUGUAUGCUCACCACAACAUCAGAUCUUCCGUCACCUAAACAGCCCACAUUUGUAGUGAACACGCGAAAUGAAGAACCCGUGUCUAAGGGUUUGAUCAGUGUCAAUGAGAUGACACAGUCUCUGAUUCUUGGGCGUUAAGAAAUAAG